AUGGCUAACUUGAACACCAGGGCCACUGUGGCCACAAGGGAAGAACACAGCAAAAAAGUGCAGUGUUUGCUAGCCAGGUCUGGAAACGCAGAGGCGUGCCACAACGAAGGCGCUCCUCGUUCUCAGGAUCGUAGCAGGGAGUCUGCAGAGGCUGCGGGGCGCAUGCAGGCUCUCGAGUCCAACCCUUAUUCCGGCUCCAAGCCAGAGGCGCUCAUGAACGAGCCUUCCCCAGCAACGCCUGCCUUCAGACUGUCACCCCUGUGCAUUGAAGGGUGUCACGUGGGGUCCACCCGUGUGCAGAUACAUGGGGAACAACUGUUUAAAAGCCACGAGCACGAGGCGUUACUUGCUUCUUGCUCCCUUGACAUUCAAGCUCCCAGUGCUCCUGGGGAAGGCCAGCAGGAAGACACCCUAAUAGAGUGUCAACAAAAAAUGCAAACCUCCCAGACGAAUGCAAGGCGACCUCAGCAUCGGGAGAGAAAGAGGCAACACCGCCACAAACAGCGAGUGACCCUGGAAGGGGCCUCUUUUUUUGCCAAUCCAGAAAUUGCGCCAGUCGUAGGAGGCCCUCCCCCAGGCACAGGCACCACAGCUUCCCAUCGCAGAGGAGCUUUGCCUCAGGCCUCGCACACCGACGAAUUCUCUGCAAAAGGCCCCCCAAGGCAGGAAACAUCUAAACAAGAGCAUUCCUGCGGGGUAUCUCAAACAGGUAGAGUUUUACGCGGCACCAGUGCAAAGCUGAGCAAAGCCCCUUCUUUCCCCGGUAACACACCGCGUGAAGUUCCCCAGGAGCCGCAACACCCAAGGGCCCCUCGGAAGGGCAAGGGGCCCCCCCCUCCGGUAUCUCAAAAGGAGAGGCGAAUUUCGCCCCAGAACCGAAACAAGAAAGGCACGCGUCUGCUCAUACCCCAGCCAGAUCAGUCUGUGAUAUUGGAGGAGCAUCCUUUUGAGCGGGCAACAACGACUGACAGCGAGUUGCUGAAGGCUGCGCCAGAGGACGCCUCAGCAAGUGCGCGUGACUUCGUAUGCCCUGAUCUACCGGCCCCUAUGGGAAGGCCUUGGACCAUGCAACUUGCAUUCGAUUUUCCCAUGGUGGGAACCUCUCUGAAGGAGGUUGUUGAAUGUGCGCACUGUGAAGGAACGGUGGCACUGGCCCCCCUUGGAGAGGCCUUUGGAAAGCCUCUUGUGGAACCCCUUGAAAAUGGGCAUUUUGUAGCUCCUUAUGAGGAGCCAUUUAGUGAGCGUGUAGCCUCUACAUGGCGGUUUGUGCGCGACGUUCUCGAAAGGGAAGAGGAGCUGAGCGAAGGGCAAGUGGACGGUGUCUCCCUCUAUGAUGCUUUGGGGGCGACGAGCGAGGUUCGAGAGGAUACAUCAGGUGACAGCGGGACCGAGGAGCCCUCUUACCAAGCGCAGCAAUUCACAGAUUUCAAUCAGGAUCACAUGCACAUCAGUAGCGGCAGUGACAGCAGUGCACGACCUUUUACUCCACGCGCAGAGGCAGCACCGCCUGAACACAUGAAGCUGCAGGGAGCCGACUUGCUGCUAGACGCUGUCGAGACAGCAGAGCAGGGUGCCACAGCAACAACGGUCGACACGGUGACGGACGAGGGGGAGACGGCAGCAAGUUGUUCCGCAAAAAUUGCAUACGCUGAGGGAUUUAAGCGACUGCGACGAGCACCCCGUAAUCACCUUCCAUCUGCGGGGGUAGCAGCUUCAGAGGUGGCCGUGGGGCCCUUGGGGCCCCUGCAUGAGCGUGUAGUGAUCUUCGACUGGGAUGAUACCUUUUUUCCCAAUUCAUGGGUAGCGUCUCGGGGGCUGACACUCUCGUCUGAAGCUUCAGAAUACACUGCAGAAGCAUCCAUGCUCAAGAAGCUAACUAGGAGUGGAAGGAAGGUAUUAAGGGCUGCUGCAAGCAUCGGGAGUGUGCUGCUGAUAACGAAUGCUGCCCAAGGAUGGAUCGACGAAACGUGCAAAAAAUUUCUUCCCGGACUGUGGCCGACAGUGCGGUCCCUGCGGCGCAUAUCAGCGAGGUUUCACUUUGACUCUCCAGCGUGUGAAUCGCCUUUUUUAUGGAAGCGUUUGGCCUUCAAAGAAGAGAUGGACAGACACCUCACGGAGCACAAGCAGUGCAGGACAGUCCUUUCUAUUGGGGAUGGCCCUCAUGAAAGAGAAGCCCUAUUCUUUCUCCAGGCGUCGGUUAACACAAAACACGGAAGCGCCAACUAUGACUUUUCCUGCAAAUCCUUGAAGCUAAUCGACAUGCCUUCCCUCAGGCACCUACACAUCCAACACUCGCUGUUGCUGCACACGCUGGAGGAUCUGCUGAUCCACGACGGCCCGUUGGAUUUAUGUGUGAGAGGCCCCGAUGGGAUGGCUGCCUCGCUGGGCAGUUCGUCGUGCAGUGCUGGAAUAGAGGCUAUUCUACCACCUCCGCUCAGGAGGUCUCGCGUAGUCUCGGAGGAGCUCUGGAGUGCCACAGGGACUCCGGCAAGGGCAGCCGUCAGGUUGCUGAAUAUGAACUGGCGCCGCUGCAGGAGGGGAAGGGCAUCUCUCUUGCACAUUGACCACCAUAGUGGAGCAGGGACAGAGGUUAUGACCGACUGCCUGCCACAUUAG